CUAUUGUCAAUCAUUUCCCUCACAGCAUUUAUCUUUUGGUGAACUCUCUGAACUACUGCUGGGCUUCUUGAUCAAGUAUCAGACUUUUGGAAUGUCGGCGGACAAGCCAUGCGUUUUCUUCAGAAAAAAGAAGAGACCAACUGUCCGCCAGCGAGAUGAAGAAGAAGAAGAAAAAGAUGCUAGCAGUGAUGAUGAUACACAUGUGGUGCGUAAGAAGAGAAAGGGACCUGAAGGCCCUCUAGUACAAUCGACUGCAGUGGCAGAGAAGCCGGAGAUCACGGUCAAAUACGAGUCGAGUCGCACUGCGAAAUCACUAGCAUCAGAAGAUGGCGGCGCAACUCGCACUCUUGAACUGGACACCGAGAAAGACAAGGACUCAAGGGCCAUAUUUGAACGAUCACAGGCACUCAGCAAGGAGCUGGAGGGCAAGGCUGACGACAAGAUCUACCGUGGCCAGAACAACUACACGCAGUUCAUCAAGGCCAAGGAUACGGCGGCUGGCAAUGCAGCCAGUGGAAUGAAUCGUAAGGGCCCUAUGCGAGCACCAGCUAACAUCCGUGUGACAACCAGAUGGGACUAUCAGCCUGAUCUCUGCAAGGACUACAAAGAGACAGGAUUCUGUGGCUUUGGAGACAGCUGCAAGUUCCUCCAUGAUCGCACGGACUACAAGUAUGGUUGGCAGAUAGACCAAGAAGUGGACAAGGGAGAGUUUGGCAAAAACGACCCAACUAAGUAUGAGCUGGAGCAAAGUGAUGCUGAAGAUGACGACGAGUUCCCGUUUGCUUGCUUCGUCUGCCGCGAUCCGUUCAAAGAUCCUAUCAUCACAAAAUGUGGGCACUACUUCUGUGAGAGAUGCAUGCUGGAUCAUCAUAAGAAGGUCGGAUCACGCUGUCCUAUUUGCCAGAGUGCUACACAAGGCAUCUACAACCCUGCUAAAGAGCUAAUCAAGCAUAUAAAGAAGCGGCAGGCAGAGGCCAAGGAAGCAGGUGAACAAGAAGACGACAACCCAGCCGCCGCCGACGGUGACGACGAUGAUAAAGACAGUGAUAGUGAUGCCGAGCCAUCCAACGAUUAGAAAACACUCCAGUAUCCCAUGACAAGAACUUUUUGUACAUUCUGUACAAUGUGUACAUAUACCAUCAUACAUACAGGCAGCUGGAACAUUGAUGUACAUACCAUCAUACAUACAGGCAGCUGGAACAUUGAUGUACAGAGACUUAUAUCGCUUUUGUUUUGUGACUUUUGCCAGCUUUCUGAUUGGAUGUCACAGAAUGUAAAUAAGAAUUUAUGUGGCUGUACAAAAAGAUACUCAAGAAAAUCAGCACUAGAAAAUAAAACUCCUUGUAUUAAAAAUUCAUGAAAUCAUAUUCUCGUUUCAUUCGUAAUGUUAUCGAAAGUUGACUCUUCCGAGGGUCCCAUUUAGCCUUUCCAUUCUUGCUGUCAACCGGAUGAGGGAGUGGCAGGCCCAGCUUCCUAUAUGCACAAUAAAAAGAGAUUUUGCCAAAAAAAUUCAUGGCAUUUGAUUGAUUGCUCAUGGCCAAUACCUGGCUCCUGUGUA